GCCUCACUCUUUCGUCACUCCAACUUCUUUCUUCCAUCUCUGCUCACUAUACCUUGCUACUGAAAAUCUUCGAGUUCACUUCGAUACCUCUGAAUCGACCAUAGCAGAUGUUCUCACCAACUGGACUACCCUUCUUUCGAAGACCCCAGCACACAAGGCACACCACCGCACCUGCCUCGUCACUCGCUCUUCAGCGUUCCAUGCUCGGUACGACCACUACCUAUAACCUUGAGCCUUCGCCUCGUAGUUCUCGGUUUGAUCUUACCAGAGCUCCGUCAAGUGCCAGAAUGGAAAGGACGAUUUCCAUCCAGUCCUUCGAGACCAUGACAAGUCGAGUAGUCGAAGGAGGCACAAUGGGUACUGGGUAUUCUGACUCGCCCGGAUCACCCAAUAUGACUUCCUGGGUCCAGCGAAGCUUUGAUUCGAUGAACCUAGCAGAUGACGAAGCAGCAGUCCCAUUCAUCCCUUCUGAGCAAGUCCAUCCCCCAGCUCCGAGGAGACUGCCUCGAGAGGUUUAUCAGAGACUCGUUGUUCUCAGUGAGAAGAGUCGAUUCGAUGGCCGCGAGCGCCCUCUCUCCGCCGUAUCUCUUCCUUCCAGCCGGAUGAAUUCUUCUCGAGCUGGCGGGGCUCUGGGAGAAAAUGCAUUGGAGAUGCUUCCCCUGUCGCCAUUCUCCUUUGGUCCAGUCAUGGAGUCCUCCCUCACUACGACUCCUGUGACCUCGCCGCGAACUCAGAACGGCGACCAUUUGAACUUGGGCCAGACCGGCAUCUUCAACGUCCUCCCUUCCCAGCACCCCUUUGCAACUUCGCUGCCUGCUCCUCCACCGGCCCAGCCUCUUCAACUUCGAGAACCUACAGGUAAAAACGUGGAUCGAGACAAACCUCUGCCACCGCUGCCUCCGUCGUCCGUUUCCGCUUUUCCUUCAGACCGGUACACAGACAAGCUUCUGAAAGGACUAGCUUCGAAUGAGUUGAUGACCACAGAUGAUAUUCAGCAUGGCUCCUUCCCUCCGAAGAGGUUGGUCUCCACAUGUGAUGAAAGUCAAAGCUUUUUGUCAUUCGGUACCAAUUCGCCGGUCACGCCUCAUCGAUCUGCGCAACACGACGCUGCCUCUGAUGAAUGCAAAAGCAGAGGAAAUUCCUCGGAGGACGACGCAUCACUGUCCAAGAAAGAGGACUCUGCACUCUCUCCUCUGCCAAAACCUCCUCGACCUUCAAGGCAUCUGCGACCGCCCCCUCCAACCCCUUCAUCUUCUCAAGCGACGGAGGGCAUGACCGGAAUAGUGGCGGCAUCGGUGUCAAUGGAGCGAUCACCAAUUGGAGGUCACGUUCUCGACAUGCCAACCACUGCUAGAGACUCAUCAGACACUGUACGUCGAACAGCUGUCCAACGACCUGUUCCUACGGGCAGAGCUGUCAGUCUCGAAGAUGAACUUUUCCCCACUUGUCUUCCAUCAUUUCACUCGAGAUCCAGCGUGAAUGUGGCGGUGGGCACUCAACCUCUUUCCAGUUCCGAGAGCCUUGUCUCAGACUCCUCACCUGCUGUUCAAAGCCGGUUCACGCGACUGGCCAAUGCAAGCCGACUGACUUUGAGCGAUAUUGCUCAACCUCUUGGGAACAUGUUCAGAGGACUCAAGAGGCGAUCCCCUCCAACAGAGGCCGCCGAGUCGCGAGACGCCACGAAUCGGGGACAAACUGGCGAGACACUAUCCACCCGUCCCGCCCCUGUCAUUCGAAGACCCACAUUGCCGAUCUACAAACGUAGAUCCCAGGUGGUAUACAAGGAUGGUUAUGAGCCUCAAGAGCACUUCGCCUCCAUCCCUCGACCAGAAACCCCAGUUGGUCCUGUGAAUCCUACGUACGAGCAACGGAUUCUCAACGAGAUGUACCUGAACUCUCGCAGGAACAUUGAGGAUGAGGACAGUGAGCGGGAUGUCAAGCGAGGAAAAACAAUGAGGGGACAGCUCAAAAAGAGGAUGGACAAGAUCCGCUGCAAACAGCCUCAAGGCAUGUGGUGAUAGUCUGUCCACUUCAGAUCUUCAGCGCGCGCGCUGUUUGUGCAAGUAUCGAGAUCAGAAACAAACGCAUGUAUGUAAAGAUA